AUGCCUCCCCGGAUGCGUGUCUCCAGCGGCCGGCUCGCCCAGCCAGUCCGACGCCAAAGACUCUGCCUGUAUGAAAUGGCCAUUGCAGCCCGAUAUGCCAGCACGGCGACGACCCCGGCCGCUUCCCACGAACAGAUGACCCGCUCGCACGUUCCGAUCGCCCACUAUCCCUCCUCGCAGCCCCCGUCAUACCGCCGACCGGAGUACCGCCGCUCGCAGCUCCUGCGCCAGUACACCUCGAUGAUCCGCACGGCGCCGCUGAUGGUGUUCCUGCAGCACGACAACCUGCAGUCGGUGGAGUGGACGGCGAUCCGGCGGGAGCUGAGCCACGCCAUGCGCAAGGUGGACGAGAAGAUCACGUCGGAGGGCCGCGCCGCGCCCGCGCUGGCGCCGCACAUCAAGGUGCAGAUCGUGCAGACCCGGAUCUUCGAGGUGGCGCUGCGCAUCGUCGAGUACUUCCGGCCCAGCAACACGGCGGCGGCGGCCACGCCGGACGCCGUCGACCCCGUCACGCAGACCUCCGCCGAGAUCCCGCUGGACCCGAGCCUGUUCACGCACGACCUGUCGCGCGCCGCCCACGACGCCGUCCUCGAUCACAAGGGCCAGCACGAGAUGGCGCCGCUUCUGGUCGGCCCCACCGCCGUCCUCACCAUCCCCCAAGUCUCGCCGGAGCACCUGAAGGCCGCCCUCACCAUCCUGGCCCCCAAGGUCGUCGGCCUGCCCGCCCCGACCCGCAAGGCCAACCCGGGCUGGCACGAGAUCCCCGUGCAGAACGGCCUGAGCAAGCUGUCGCUCAUCGCCGCCCGCAUGGACGGCCAGGUCAUGGACGUCGAGCAGUCCAAGUGGGUCAGCAGCAUCGAGGGCGGUAUGGACGGUCUGCGGUCACAGCUGGUCACGGCGCUCCAGAGCAUCGGCUCCAGCAUCACCAACACCCUCGAGGGCGCUGGUAAGAGCUUGUACUUCACGCUGGAGAGCCGUCGGAGCGUCCUGGAGGAGGAGCAGAAGGGUCCCGAGGAGAAGAAGGAUGAGUCCGCCUGA